AUGUCGACCUCCAUUCCCUCGCCCUCCGCCAACCAGGACUACAAGUCCACUCUGUUGCCGCUCUUGAUCUCCAACAAAGUCCUUUCCUUCGGAACUUACGUCCUGAAGUCUGGUCGCGAGUCUCCUUACUUCUUCACAUCCUCGCUCAUGCAUACUGCGCCCUUGUUGCGCGCUAGCUCUGCCGCCUAUGCUAGCGUCCUUUCCUCCGAGCCCUUCGUGACCACCGACGCCAACGGCACCACCAAGCCCAACUUCGACAUUGUUUUCGGUCCCGCCUACAAGGGAAUUCCCAUUUGUGCGGCCGUGCUCAAUGAAUUGGCUGUCCAGGACUCUCUCUCCGGUUCCCCCAAGGGUACUUGGGACAACGUGAGCUAUUCUUUCAACCGCAAAGAGGCCAAGGCUCACGGUGAGGGUGGUAACAUUGUCGGAGCUCCGCUGAAGGGCAAGCGUGUCGUCAUUGUUGACGACGUCAUCACCGCUGGUACUGCUCUGCGUGAGGCUGUCGGCAUCAUUGAGAAGGAGGGCGGUAUCGUCGCCGGUGUCGUUGUCAUGCUGGACCGUGAAGAGCGUGUCAGCGACUCCGAGCCCAAGAGCGCUAUCGGCUGCGCCGAGCGUGACCUUGGCGGUAACAUCCCCAUUCGCUCUGUCCUCGGUCUACACGACCUGAUCGAGAAGCUCAGCGACUCGAUCGGCGCUGGCGAAAUCCAGCGCCUCAAGGAUUACCGCUACCGCUACGGCGCGGAGUAA